AUGUCAGCCAACAAGGAAAGUAACCUUGUUCAGGGAUAUAUUGAAUUAAAUAAAUUUUGCCAAAGUGGUGACUAUGAUAGAGCAUUAAAAGCAGCGGGCAAAAUCUUGCAGAUUGCCCCAACAGAACAAAAAGCCUUCCAUUGCAAGAUUAUUUGCUUCAUUCAGCUGCACAACUUCAAGGAGGCAUUGGCAGUACUGAGCAACCCCAAAAAUGUUGCUCUGGCUGGAGAUUUGCACUUCGAAAAGGCAUAUGUGCAAUAUCGCCUUAACUGCCCUAAAGAUGCAUUACAAACUGUGGACAAUGCACCUGAGAUGACACUGGCUUUAAAGGAAUUAAGGGCUCAAAUACUGUACCGUCUAGAACAAUACCAAGAUUGCUACAAUUUGUACCGUGACAUUGUCAAGAAUACUACUGAUGAGUAUGAAGAUGAGAGGAAAGCUAAUAUGUCAGCUGUUGUGGCCAACUUAGCAGCCUUGAAUCCUUCUGCAGAUCUUCCUCAAUUUGAAGAGACUACAUAUGAACUAUCAUAUAAUGCAGGCAGCACAUUAGCUAUGCGUGGAAAGUAUAAUGAAGCACUUCCAGUGUUGAAGCGAGCUGAACAGGCAUGCUCUGAGAGUGUUAUUGAAGAUGGAGGCACUGAAGAGGAGGCUAAAGAAGAGGCUGCUAUUAUAAGGGUUCAACAUGCAUACUGUCUCCAACAGAUGGGACGUGAGAAGGAAGCAGCAAAUAUAUACCAUAAUGUGUUGAAAGAAAAGCCAAGUGACCAAGCCCUUAUUGCCAUAGCUAGCAACAACCUUGUUGUUAUUAAUAGGGACGCAAACGUAUUCGAUUCCCGCAAACGCAUGAAGGCUGCUACUGCCGAGGGUCUGGAACACAAGCUGAACUCGCGCCAACGCGCUGCCAUUGUGUACAACCAGGCCAUACUAGCUAUUUACUCUAAUCAGCCAGACUUCUGUAAGCAAUGUUGCGUUAAAUUGACGCGGGAGUUAAACCAAGAGCGCCGAGCGGCGCUGGUGGAAGCAUCUUCAAUGGUAAAGGAGGGCAAACGAGCUCAGGCUGUAGCAUUGUUGCUGAAACAUGGCGGUUUACUAACCCUAGCAGCUGCACAAGUGCUGUUGGCGCAGGGUGAUCGCAAAGCAGCAAUAAAACUUCUUGAAGAAAGCGAGUUCAAGUUCCGCCCUGGUGUGAUCGGUGUCCUUUGUACACUGUUGUGUGCAGACAACGAGUUUGAAAAAGCGUCAAAAAUGUUUACCGAAGUCUACGAGCACUAUAAAGACGACGAGCGGUUCGAGUCGCUGCGUGGCGUGUGGCGCGCUGCGGUGGAGGUCCACCAGCGGGCGGGUGCGCCGGCUCACGCGGCCGCCGCGCUCGAGGCGCUGGCGCGCGCCGCGCCCGCCGACUGCCGCAGCCGCGCGCGCCUCGUCAAGUUGCUGGCGGGCAGCGACCCCGCGCGCGCGCGCAGCCUCGCCGAGCUGCUGCCGCCCCUGCACCGCCAGGGUAAAAUCGAUGUCGAGGCGCUGGAGUCGUCGAAAUGGAUGAUGGGCGCGAAGGUUGUAAAGAAAACUGUCCAGAGCAAACAAGAACAAUCGCCAGGAACUCCCGGUUCGGAAUUAGGACAAAAGAUGAAACCGAAAAGGAAACGCAAGACCAAACUGCCACCCAAUGCCGACCUCUCGAAGCCUCCGGAUCCAGAAAGAUGGCUACCGAAGUAUGAGCGCUCCGCCUAUCGCAAGCGGCGCGGUGUGCGGCGUGACGUCAUCAAGGGCAGCCAGGGCAUGACCACCACCGCCGUGGAUCAGUACGACAUGAGCAAACAAACUCCAAGUGCUACUUCGGCGACGGCGGCAAAAAGCCCGCGCGUCGAGCAUAAAGUAGGUGACAGCGCCUGGCAACGAAAACAGCAGCAAAAAAAGAAAGGCAAAGGUCGCAAAUGGUAG